AUGGGCCAAACUUCAAGCACCUUUAUCGACCACGCUGCGGCGACCGUCGAGAUCGCUGACCAAGGUACGCUCAUCGGUCGAAUCGCCCAGGACAAUACCACCGGUCAGCUCAAGUCUCAACGUUUCGCCGGCAUCCCCUACGCCCAACCACCUCUCGGACCACUCCGAUGGAAGAGACCGCAACCUCUACCCACCACCUUUCGCUACGAUUCCCACGACAAGCAGUACACUCACUUCGCCUCUCAAAGUCCACAACCGACCAACUACGCCCUCACGAACGGCAUCACUUUUCCCGACGGACCCCUCUUCCCGCAGAGCGAAGAUUGCCUCUACCUCAACAUUUGGUGUCCCGUACGGCCUGAUGGAUCGAGAUUCCCGCACAAGCUUCCGGUGCUGUUCUUCAUUCACGGAGGAUGGUUGCAGAUCGGCAAUGCACAAAUGUCGUCGGAGAAGGAUCCAAGUGAUCUGCUACACACUGCUGGAUUGGAAGCGAUUAUAGUGACCACGGCGUAUCGGUUGAAUGUGUUUGGAUUCCUGGCACACGAUGCAUUACGCAAGGAAGAUCCGGAUGCUUUGACAGGGAAUUACGGCUUCUGGGAUCAAAGAGCUGCUCUCGAAUGGGUACACACCAACAUUCAGCACUUCGGUGGUGACCCGGACAACAUCACCGUCAGCGGCCUUUCGGCGGGCGCACACAGUACGCAUUCCCAGCUGAUGCACGAGUUUGAUCUUUCCGUCCGAAACCCUCAGUACAAACCGAUCAUCAGGAGGGUCUUUUUACAAUCGAAUGCGGCUAUUUGGCCUUCCAAGCCGGUCGAAGAGGCUAGAGAUCAGCUUGACGAGCUCGCAAGGCUCCUUAACGUUUCAACAGAGCUGGACGAUGAGGAGAAAAUCGCACGAUUGCGAGAAGUCGAUGCCUUGGACAUGGUCCGAGUGUUGGCGAAGAUGGACAUGCACACCUUUCGGGCUACUCGAGAUACGAGGCCAGAAGCAUUUGUGAAGCCAGACUGGACCAAGGCGAUGAUGGAUGGUCGACUAGCGAGAUGGUGCCAGCAGCAGGGGGUUAGCUUUGUUAUCGGAGAGUGCGAUGAUGAAGAGUGGGUCUAUCGUUAUAUCAACACGCCUACAGACAAGGCUGGAUUGGUCAGACAGGUCCACAACUACUACACACUGCCGUUGGUGGAGAAGAUGCUGCCUUACUACGGUAUCCAGGUCGAUUCGCAAGCUGCAACAGAUGGUCAAGGGUCCGCGAGGACUAGCAGAGGAAAAGCGUCGUCAGCGACAGCGGGGGACCGUUCACUGUACGACACGCUCGGAGUCAAGCCAUCAGCCACGACCGCCGAGAUCAGAGCUGCCUACCUCGCCCAAGUCCGUCAAUAUCAUCCAGAUAAGCUGCAACAGCAAGCUAGUCAAUCAUCUACCCAAAUUGAUCCUUCCAAGAUCGCGGAUUCACCCACCUCCGACAACUUGAUCCGUCAACUCAACCACGCAUACAAAACACUCAGCGACGACCAGCAGCGUUCACAAUACGAUGACUCACUCUCAGCAGCACGGACUUCCUCCUCCUCCACAGCAUCGCAUCCACGUAUCUCCGCCACCGUCGACUUCGAAUCAUUCCAGCUCUCCCACGAGGCAGACCUGAUCUUCAGCUACCCGUGUCGAUGCGGUUCCUCGUACAACAUCUCCGAAGAUCAGAUCCACAACCGAAUCGACAUCAUCGGCUGCGAUGGAUGCUCGGAGAAUAUUCGCAUUCGAUACGACGAAGAUCCUCCGCAAAAGGACGCCGAUGAGAUCGGUUCCAUCUUCGGUCGGGUCUGCAGCGAUUCUCAGGUGUACAUCGCCGAACGCAUGUUCAUCACCGACCUGAUCCAAGCAGGUUUCCCACCGGAGAGGGUUCUGCGGUAUCGGAUCAACUAUCGUGUCAAGGCGAUCGAUGCGGUUUUGCCGGGAUAUGGUGGGCAUGGAGCAUCUCCAAUAGACAUCAAACCUUCAAGUCUUGGUCACCCUGAAAUCUAUUGCAAUCAACAACGCUACAACAGCCAUGACAGCUGCGAAUGA